GAGUACAAGUUGAGCUUUUCUCGCAUAUACAGCCAAUCUCUUUCACAACAGGCAACUAUCCACCACCAUGUCCCCCGGCAAGUCAGUCCUUCCAGCACCAUACUUUUACUUUUUCUGGCUCCUCGAGCCCAUCCUCACCGUCGCCGGCGGUGUCUCCGCCAUCUAUGAUCCCAUCAGUUUUGGCGGUAACACUAUCCCGCGCAACAUUGAGCGAGCAACUUUGAAGAUGGGAAGCACUGUCCGUGGCCAGAUUGUGGUUUCAGAACUGGGUUCUUGUUUCAUGUUGCUGGCGAUGAUUUCUUUCUCGCUCUUCUAUAUCUUCAAGAAACACCUGGAAGACAAACCUGUGCUUCAGGAAAAGCUGGUGAAGGGUUUGCUUAUCCCUCUUGCCAUAGCCGAUCUCCUUCACAUUGCUGUGACGCUCUUGGCUCUACCUAUGUCUCAUCUUGAGAAUCCAUCUCAAUGGACCUAUAUCCUCCACUCCACCGUCUGGAUCACUUCCGGCCUCUUCAUCGUCCGAUUGGCAUGGCUUUUGGGUAUCGGACGUGCGACCGCCAAGUCCAAGCUCCAAUCUCGACUCAGCCCUACCCGCCAGGCUCGUCUUCCCCUUCCCAAGGGCAACUCGGAGGCCAUGGUAGAGCAAGUGAUUCAGACUGAAAAACCUAGCGAAUUCACUGCUAUCGAGUCUCCUACAGCUACCAAGAGGAGAGGAAGGGCUAAGAAGAUCGUGGACGACGAUUAGACGUGAAGAAGCGGGAAACAAAGAGGGAACAGAAUCAACAACAGUUAUUAUCUAUAUAGCGUUAUUAUGUAUGAAAGCAUGCGCUGAAUUUCUCCAUG